CCCCACCCUCCCUUGCCUCUCCCUCCCUUGCCCCCUGUGAUACCAACAGCGAUCGCAUUCGGACAGCAUGUUGGAUGGAAAAGGCUGCUCAGGCAAAUAUUUAGCUAGCGAAAAAAUGAAUUGGUCAUUACGUGUGCGAAAUAUUAUUUAGGCUAUUCCGGUUUACAAAGACGGCAUUCUAAUGCAAGAGAAAGUAUUGAAUGUGUAAUAGCUACAGUGGAUGAAUAUUAUUAGCUUGAAUGGUUGGCUAGCUAGCUAAACAUCGGGACUACUAAAUCAACAUUGCAUUGUAGCCGAUCGGAUAUUUCAACGUUCCAUAAUGUAAUGUCAAGUGGAUUGCAACGUUACAUUGAUGUUGAUGUGUCAUUGAUUGAACUGAACGAGAGAGGGAAUGUAUCCGGAUACAACCACAGAGACGAGUAGAGGAAUUUGAAUCGCCAUAAUCCAUCUGCAGCAGGGGCAUCGGGACGGAUGAUGAUGAUGGCUUCGUGGCGAUGGACAGCAGCUCUCAUCUGUUUACAGUGGGUGUUCCAGUACACCCUGUGUCGCGAGGUAACCCUUCCCUCCGGACCCCUAUACCGCGUGGCAGGGUUCCCCCUCUCCAUCCCUUGUGCUGUAUCAGGCUACGAGGGUUCCCGAACGCAGGACUUUGAGUGGUUCCUGUACAGGGAGGACUCCCAGGGGAGACAGAUGGGGGUGAUCUCCACCAGGGACCCUGGGUUUCCCUAUGCACCCUUCCAGGCGCGGGUGAGGUCCGGGGAGGUGAGGGUGGAGAGGGACUCGGGGGACAAGGCCAGGCUGGUGUUCCAGAGGCUACGAGCAGAUGACCAGGGACGAUACGAGUGUUACACACCCAGCACAGACUCCAAAUACCAGGGCAACUACAGUGCCUCGGUCGCUGUCAAAGUGAUUCCAGACACUCUCCUGAUUAGCUACUCCCGGUCUCUAACUGGCCAACCCGUGCCAGAGGGGGCGGAGAUAACUCUCACCUGCUCCGCCGCCGUCCAAUCAAAACAGCACACCCACCUGUCCAUCACGUUCGGCGUGCGUGCCGGUGGUAGCGGGUUGGGGUCAGGGACACCGAGAGAAAUCAUAGCUAUCGAUAAAGAAUUGAGCGUGACUCCUGGCCGAGGGGACUCCUACCAGAAGAGAUAUGAUGAUGGAGAGAUAACGCUGGUGAAGAAGAGUGGAGAUGGAGGGAGAGAUGUCUACGUGAUGAGGAUGAGCGCCGUGGCCCCGGACGACUCAGGGGCCUACUUCUGUGAGGCGUCGCAGUGGAUCCUGGACCCUGAUGGAGCGUGGCAGAAGAUCGCUCAGAGGACCUUGGAGAUUGGCAACCUCACGGUUCAACCACUUGCUGACUCCCUGUCUGUUACGUCCACUCCGCGAGGUGAGGUAACUCUCCAGUUAGGCUCCCCUCUCACUCUGACCUGCGAGGUGUCUGGUUUGGCCCCUGGGGGCCGCUCGGGCCUGCUGGUUCAGUGGAUGAAGAGGGGCACCGUGAGCAGCGAGGACAGGGCAUUGACGGGUGGAGGGGUGGAGGUGGAGGUGGCUCGGUAUGGUCCAGACGGGGUGGUGAGCUGGGGGGAUGACUCCAGCCGGGGGGGUCGGGGUGGAGGGGGUUCCAUGGAGAAGGAGGUGGAGGGACGGUACUCUCUCAGGUUGUUCUCUGCCCACCCAGCUGACACGGGGGUGUACCGCUGUGCUGUGAGUGUCUACGCUGGGAGGCUUAACCCGGGACCCUCCAGUGCUGCUACCCUCACACAGAGGUCAGAGGGGGUCACCGUCAACCUCAAGACUAAAGAGGUCAAGGUGUCAGCAGUAGCCAACCUUCCCCGUGGCCCCCUCUUGAAGAGAGGUGAUACCGUCACCCUGCUCUGCAACGUAUCCGUGGUAACCACCGGCCCUGCACAGAUGGCGGUCCAAUGGCUGCAGAGGGCGGUCCUCCCGGCCCAGGAGGGUGGGGCUACAGCAGGGGGCGUGGUCAUAGAGAAGGGUGGGGACAAGCCGUCAGUAGAGGAGAAGGGGAGGGUGUUAGCCUCUCUUACCUAUGAGGGCCUGUCCAGGCCAAAUAAGAACCACAGCUCUGAGGUCAGUAUGGACCGGGUGUCUCCAGGCACCUACAGGCUGAGGAUCUUCUCUGCCCAGGACCAGGACCAGGGCCUGUUUGUCUGCCAGGCUGAGGUGUGGGGACAAGACCCCCGUGGAGGAUGGUACAACACCGGGGCCAAGGCCCAGUCGGAGGGUGUCAGGGUCUACCUGUACGCCAGAGCAGCCGACCUGCUCCUCAUCCCCUUGGUUGUGGGCAUGUCCUCUGCCUUGUUUGUGGGCGUGGUCAUCAUCGCCACGGUAACCUGUUGCUUCAUGAAUCGAUUGGCUAGGCAGCGCUCCCCGAAAUAGGAAGUAGGAAGUCACGACAACGUAUAAGUUCACUGAAGGGUGAUCGACGAAGAGGUUAAAAUAAAAUGACCACAAAACAA